AUGGUGUGUGGAGCUGAAAGUUUUGCUCGGAUGGUGUGUACAAUAGUCUUUAUAGCACCUCUGAUUUUUCUUGGGGUGUUGUUAUUGUCAGUAGGUAUAGUAACACUGCCGUCUACGUAUAUACUUAAAGAUACAUAUAAUGACUAUCCAAAUACAUUUAAUGAACUUAAUUUUGUUUAUCGAGUUGGGUCAUCAUUUGGGUAUAUUGCAAUUAUUAUGUGUGUGUUGUAUAUCGUGUUUUGGAUGUUUACAUUAUAUCCAGGAGGUGGCGUGUUUGUCAUUUGGUAUUGUGUAGUACCUCUUAUAGGUGCUGUAGUCUUCUGUGUAAUUGGGAGUAUGGUCAUUCACAAAGAUAAGAGUAUUGGAGUGUAUAAAGAGUCCAAUUCUAAUUAUACAUUUUAUGAAGAAGAGUUGGCUCAAUAUGAAAUUAAUGAAAUUUGUUGUUUUGAUGAAGAUAGAACAUUGUCUAGAGUGUGUAGUGUAGACCCUUAUUUAUAUCCAGAAUCAUGUGAUAAGUCUCUUAAAAAAAUACACUCGCAUGUUAAAACAGUUGGUGCUAUGACUAUAUGUGGUGUAUUAGGUUCUCUUUUAAUAUCUAUAGGUAGUGCUGUUGGUUCUGUGUUAUCAAUAUGGCUUAAAUAUGAUAUUAAUUAA